AUGGCGAUAGUCUCCGGUUACGAACAAGAUCAGAAGUCAAGGACUAGACCCUCACCAUCCUCGGCGACAACUAAACCAUUCAAUACCGUUCUUGACCCAUCGAACCCACUAGCAUAUCAUUGGUGGAGACGACAGUGUCUUGGCUCGCUAGUG